AUCGUCAGUUCUCCACCGAAACCUGCCUGAAUCAAUCCAAUCCACUGAGAACUAUCGGCGAUGGCUCGGCGUGGGCUCGAGGUGGCUUGUCUGGCAUUGCUCGCCGCGGCGACGGCGACGAUGUGUGCAGCGCAGCCGCAGACGGCGGUGCAGCCGAUGGCGAUGCCCACGUGCGCGCCGGUGCCGAUCAGCCUGUCGCCGUGCAUCGGCUACGUCUUCGGCCUCGGCUCGGCGUCGCUGCCGUCGUGCUGCGCGCAGCUCCAGGCCUUCUUCCAGUCGCAGGGGCCGUGCCUCUGCGCCAUGUCCAAGCUCGCGCCCAGCCCCUUCGGCCUGGUCCUCGGCCAGGUCCAGGGCAUGAUCCCCAACGUGUGCAACCUGCCCACCGACCCAUGCGAUGAUAUCCUCGGUGCAAGCACUUCGACAGAUGACUCGACGCCGGCAACCGCAAAUGCCACGGUACCAGCUGCGGCUCAACAGGAUCCGACUGCCGCAACAGCACCUGCAGCGGCGCCGGUCGCCGAGCCCGCAACCACGUCGUCCACCGGGGCAGAUGCGGUGCCAGAUGACAACUCUCCUGCCGCUGCCACGGCCACAGGGAAGGUAGGCGCUGGAUCAAAAGAUUCACAGGGUACUUCAAAGUUCCCGGAAUUGAUGCACGCAGCGGGUGCACGAAGCUCUGCCGCUGGCACCGUGUUGAUCAGUGUGCUUCUCGCUUAUGUUUCUGCCAUGUUUGUGUAACCUGCUUAGCCACUAUACUACUACUACCUACAUACCACAAAGAAUGUGCUGAUGUACCAUACGAUACACUGUAGAUUCAGACUACACUGUCCUAUACUAUGUUGUUAUAUGAAUA